GCAAAAAUGGAAGCAAAAGAAGAAACAAAGAAAGAACAAGAAGAAGUUAAAGGAGCUGACUUGGAUUACGGAGAUGAACCAGAAGGAGAAAACCCACUUAUUAAAAAGAUGAUCAAAAUCAUCCUCAAAGAGCGAGAAAUACCAGAAAUACUUCCAUAUGAAGAAGAAACUGUAUCUGAACUAGACACAAUAGUAAAAGAGCAAGAGGAAGCUGUCUCAGAGCAGGAAACGAGAACAGCAAAUGAAAAUUUCUUCGUAAUGAUUUACAAAACUGAAAUAGAGAGGUUGAAAUUCUUACUUAAAACAUAUCUCCGUACUCGUCUUUUCAAGAUCCAAAAAUACUACCUCUACAUUAUCAAGCAUGAGAAGGCAGAUUUGCUCAGUAAAGCAGAGUACAACUUUGUGGCUAAUUACUUUCUUUACAAAAGGAAUCAUUUCAAGGAAUGUUUCACAAAGGACCUGUACGACUCUCUGAACGAUUUCGUAGAAAUCAAGGAAGAAGACGCAGUCCCACACAAGAAUGCACCAGUGAGUGAGGACCUAGUCGUCCAGCCUUCCCUCAAGAGACCUGUGUUCAUCAAGAUGAACUGAGAUAUGCCAAGAGUUAACGACUUUGUGAUGGAGACGAAGGAAAACCUUAAGAUGGGAGAGAUUAUGCUCGUUCCAUACGACAACUGUAAAGAUUUGAUCGAGGCUAAUGUGGCAGAGAUCGUAUAA